GAGACGUCAAACUCUUUGAAACGGUCAACUUUAAUUCGUGGUCGUGGGGAGGCUGGGGAGUCGAUUUAAAAAUAUACAGGCUUGUGGACUCUACUGCUUUCUUCUCCUUCCCUGCAGAGAGCCACACAGAUCGCCUGGCUUCUAAAAGAGUUCGCCGUCUGUCCUUUCCCUAGAGUUUCGUGUCGUGCGUGUACUGUUUUUGGGGGGAAGGAUGUUUCUGGCGGUGGAAAGCCGACAGCUGUCCGAGAACGACCGCAGGAUUUUGGCCAUGCAGGCGCUGUGCAGGAACCCCGACCCGAUGGCCUCCUUCCUCCCGGUGGUGGUGGAAUCCCCGCUGCUUCUGCCCCCGCAGCCGCCGUCUCUUCCAGGGCCGCUCACUCUCCCUGGGCCGCUCACUCUCCCUGGGCAGCCCUCUCUUCCUCUUCCAGCUGCAUCCUCCUCAUCCUCCUCCACAGCCACGCGCAGGCCCGCCGGCCGCUGGCCCGCAAAGCCCCGCACCGGCCCGCAGAUUCAGAACGUGACGUCUUCGGUGAAACUGGGGUGUGAUCUGGAUUUGGAGUUCAUAGCUCGGAACUCGUGGAACGUGCAGCACCUGUCGACGGUCUUCAAGUCACUAGUCAUGAAGAUCCGCAAGCCCCAGACCACAGCCAGAAUCUUCCAGUCUGGAAUCCUUUUCUGCACAGGAGCCAAGAGCGAGAACGAGUCUCGCGUGGCUGCCAGGAAGUUUGCCUUUAAAAUCCUGAAGCUGGGCUACCCGGCACGCUUCCUGGACUUCAAGGUGCUCAACAUCGGCGGAACUUGCAAAACGUUCCCGAUCAACCUGGAGGAUCUGUUCUUGGCCCACCAAGACCACUGCAGUUACGAACCGGAGCUGUUUCCUGCGCUGCAGUACAACUUCCGACCCGGUAUGACAGCAUCCAUCUUCUCGUCUGGCUCUGUCUCGUUGGUUGGGGCUAAAACAGAGGAUGAAUUCUUCAGUGCGUUUCGCACCCUGGAUGCCAUCUUAACCAAUUUCAAAAGGACGUGAAGCCCCACAGGUGCUGUCAUGCAGCUUUAGCCACAUGACCCGUCCCUUUGACUUGAGAUAAAUACAUAUAAUAUAUAGAUAGAAUUACAUCAUACAUCAUGAUACCAACAAUAGCUUGACCCGUAUUGAUAAUUUUGCUGUCAUCACGUCAACAAUCAAACUGGAGCAAACUUUGAUUGAAUAAAGUGUUGCUUUGAUUCUAAUUAGUAUUUUAGCUUGAAUGUUCAUCGACAUGUACAAGUUGCAUUGUGACUGUUGUAGAACUGCAUUUAAAUGAAAUAAAAAAAAUAAUGUAAAAUAUGUACUUUGUUGAAUCGCCACUAGAUGUCACAAGAUUACAGCAAAAAUUACUUAUACCAGCAGGGUUACGUGUCAAUCAUAACAUAAACAUGGAUAUCAUGUUUUAAUAAAAACUUCUGCAGUUUAGAUACACGUUUUUACCUUAUAAAAAAUAUCCCCAUGUGAUGUCCAAUCUGUGUUUUCCAAAUUCCAAUGUGGGCCUUCAACUCAAAAGUUAGAAUGAAAAACACUGUAAAAUUGAAUUGCGUGCUCAAUGUUUACUUUGGCUGUUUUAAAUGCCAAAACCACUUUUUUCCAUGAUGCCAAAUGUUGAAUCAAACGUCUUUGCUAACUCUCCUAGGGAUCACAAAAAAUUAAGAUUUGCUUUCAUUUUGUCAUGAUCACAAACGAAAAAGGCCUGCGAGAGAAAAGCCGUGCAGAAGUCAGUAUACAACCCCCUCCCCAAACCAUCUGUUGUUCAUGUAGCCUCCACUGAGACCCGGAACUGGAUCCGGGAAGGAAGCCAUUGAGCACUCGGAUGCACAUCACAGCCUCUGCAGAGGAUCGUCAAUCUUAUAUGGAAGGAUCAUCAAGGGUCUACCGCUCACUAGACACUUGAUAAUACCUAAGAUAAUGUCAAUAAUCCAUUUCCUAAUGCUGUCCAGCUCGGAUUUUUUACAUCCAUUCAAAAAUGAGAUAAUUUGCCGGAUGACACAAAAAGACAUCGGUCAUAACCAUUCAUUCUCAUGGCAGUGUCAUUUCAUAAUUAUGAUGGUCAAGGGCGUAGAUUUGCAUAGGGACAGUAGGGACAAAACACUAUCAACUUUUCAGGUUGCUCAAAUUGUUCCCACCAACUUUUAAUCAACCUUAUUUGUGUUAUAUAAUGACUUCAGUUAUAUAGGUCAUUCAGAUUGUCUUCCCAUAUGUUUUAAUUGUUGUAAUUGACCCCACCAUUACUAAAGUUUUUUCAUUUUGUUCAGACUUACAUGUACCGCUUUUCCCUUGCUGAAUGUGCCGAUCCAUUUUUUCCCGUUCUAAACGCACAUUUGAUUGGCUGAUUAAUUGACCCACCCCCGCCACCACCACACAUUAUAUAUUAGAGAUAUUAGGGAUAUUAGAAGUUUGUUUUUUUUUCCCAGCCAGCAGCAGCCACUGCAAGAAAUGUAAA